AAGUCCAAAUUGGUAGUCAGUCGAAUAAUUAACCAUCUCUUUCUGAAAGAAAAGAAGAAUCUUUGAUCCGUUUUUAGUUUGCGAGGCGUAGUUUUCUGCUCUUUUUUGCCAAACAAAGUAGAGAAAAAAAUCGAACCUUUGCACCUCAAAUCAAACCAUUUUCCUCCACUAAUCAAUCCCUUGAAAAUGGGAGAGCAAAUUGGGAGAGACAUACUGCUCAAAGCAGAAGAAUUGGUUAAAUCCACCAUGAAAGGAAACGAUGCAUCCCACGACGCCGCCCACGUCUUCAGAGUGAGAGACCUUGCUCUCUCACUUGCCCGUGACGAGGGUUUAUCCGCUUCUCCCCACUCCAUGUUCAUCGUGGAGUUAGCUGCACUUUUACAUGAUAUAGGGGACUAUAAGUAUAUGAGGGAUCCAUCAGAAGGAAAAAUUGUUGAGAACUUUCUCGUGGAGGAAGGUGUAGAUGAAAAUACGAAGACGAGUAUAUUAAGCAUAAUAAAGGGAAUGGGCUUCAAGGAGGAAAUUGGUGGGCUUACAGAUAGCACUCGUUGUCCAGAAUUUGGAGUGGUACAAGAUGCUGAUCGCCUUGAUGCAAUUGGCGCAAUAGGAAUUGCUCGAUGCUUUACGUUUGGGGGAAGCAGGAAUAGGGCGCUCCAUGAUCCCCAGAUAAAGCCUCGGUCUGAUCUGUCCAAGGAAAAUUACAUGAAUAAAGACGAGCAGACAACAGUGAACCAUUUUCACGAGAAGCUUCUCAAAUUGAAGACACUGAUGAAAACUAAGGCUGGACAGAGAAGGGCGGAAAAAAGGCACAAGUUCAUGGAGGAGUUCUUGGAAGAGUUUUACGAAGAAUGGGACGGGAGAGCAUGAGGCUCUCGUAAACCUAUGUAUUUUUGUCAUAAUUUACUCUACGAUAUGAUUCAGUUGCUGAAAAUUCUGAUUUGGAAAUGCAAAAUUUGUGAAUUUGCAAUGAAUUUGUGAGUUGUAAAAGAAGGUGGGGCAUAUGUUGGCUUCAUUCAUUAUUGAACCAAGAAUAUUAACCCAUUUUUCUCCAAUUGCACACACAA